GUGGAUAUGGAUCGUCAUGUAAGAAUGUUUGCAGGAGUACACGCCGUCCGAUGUGUGAGGAAAAUGCACAAGCCACUCCAGAUGAGGAGGAGGCCAUGUCUCGAUGAUAGACAGGGCAACAUCAUGAAGCUGCUCCGCCCGAAAUUAGCGGGCGCAGCAACGAGAGGGUUUAUAUUUUUGCUUCACUUAGGGCUCCAACGGCUCAUCGUUACUUCUUCCUCCUUCCUGUCCUUUUUGCUUCUAAACACAUGCGGAAGUUUCUAUGCACUUUCCACUGCUACCCUCACCUCGCAUGUGGUGGCGUGGUAUAUAGAAAACCUCGAGGGUCGGCCCAGAUGUUCUGGGGCCCCUCGCAAGGAAGUCAGACGCCGAAAACCUUGCGUUUUACCAUCUGAAGUUGAUGUUCGUCACAAGGUGCUAUUAGAGACGAGCCCUUUAGGUGGUACCUGAUCUGGUCAAGGCAAGGUAUACCAUGGGUACUACCUUGAAGAGAAGGAGGAUUCUGGUCAUGUCGCAUUGUGUCGGUCGGUCGGUCGGUCGGUCAUGCAUUGGUUCGUGGGUGGAAUCACUACCGUCACCAAUCUCACCUCACGUUGCGUUGCAAGGUUGAGUUUCAUUAGACAAGCAUAGUUACAAUAGUAUCGUUAGUUGACUUUAUCGUAAAAGCUAGUUAUUAUCCCACACGUUCAUUGCCCCCACACACGCUAGGUCUGAGGUCUUGGCACCAAGGUGACCGAGAUAGAGACAAUGGAAU